AUGUCUAGGAUCAGAGAUAGAAAAGGCAAUGUUGAUUCUUGGAAAAAUGAUCGGUCUACUGCUAGCUUGAAGUUAUUUGAACUUGCUAAAUCUGAAUCAAUGACAUGCAAUGUCAUUUGGAAUGGUGAAGAUGGUUAUGAGAUUGGAGAGGGUGAGGAUAAGCAUACUGUGUCUCUAGAUAAUAAGCUGUGUACAUGUAGGGUAUGGGAGCUAACUGGUGUCCCUUGUAGUCAUGCCUUGGCUGCCAUGUACUCUUCUGGAUUGGAUCCAUUGAGUGUUAUGUCCAAUUGGUAUCAUAAAUCAAUGUUUGUCAAGAGUUAUGAGCAUUCUAUCAAGCCGGUUCUAGGUGUUAAGUUCUGGAAAGUUAGAGAGGUUGAUGGCAUAGAACCACCUCCCGUUGAGAAGAAAACUGGGAGGCCAAGGAAGAUGAGGGUCAGGGCUCCAAAUGAGCCUAAGAAGAGUCACAAAUUGUCAAGAAGAGGACAAAAGCAACACUGCAGCAUAUGCAAAAUGUUCUGA